UUGAUUUAUUUGCGAUGCAUCUCGAAGCGGUUGAGUGAUGUCGGGCACAUGAUCUCCGCGCCGCGGCUCCUGAAGUUACCUUUAUCGUUACCUUAACGUGAGUUUUACCUUUUCCAACUAAAGUGCGGGUUCCUUCCAGUUUCACCGUGUUUUGCCGGGAAAUCUCCUUACUGGUGUCUACAGUUUUUACAAAUAAUUCAUAAGAUCUCAAACCCCAGAAAAUGAAGAGGAUUAUAGCAACUUUACCUUUACUCCUUGCAAUUGCUUCCCACGUGGCCUUGGCUCAAAGUAAUGGAUACAGUUACCCUCGACCAAGCAAUCAAUUCCCGGUAGCAAGUUCCCCAAGACCCUUCGACACAACUCCAGGCUUCAGUCCUACGCAAACCUCUAGGCCUCAGACUCAGGACAACGGAUACAAUUACAACCGACCCUCUGGAUCGAACGGGUUCCCAAGCGGUAACUUCCCGUCAACCGGUAGCUUCCCAUCAACAGGCAAUUUCCCAUCGACAGGCAACUACCCGUCAACAGGAAGUUUCCCGUCAACAGGGAGCUUCCCGUCAACAGGAAACUUCCCGUCAACAGGAAACUUCCCAACUCAGCAGCCGACCUCGCAACCAGGGACUCAAGGCUACCCCGCGGCAGGUUAUCCUUCAACAUCCUUCGGCGGAGGAAACUUCCCAGUAACCACGACUGUUUCCUAUCCAACCGCAGGCUAUCCUUCAGGCACGCCUGGCACUGGCAGUUUCCCCACCACGCCUUCAUUCUCCACUCCUAGCUACCCUAGCGGCAGUACCUUCCCCUCUACAGGAAACUUCCCAUCUACUGGUAACUUCCCCUCACCAACAUCUGGAUACCCUAGCGGCAUCCCCACCACAACUUACGUGCCCUCUGCACCCUCAUCAUCAAACGUGCCGUCCUUCGGAACUGGAAACUUACCAACUGGAGGCUUCUCCUCCGGCAGUGGAAGUCCUGGAACCUCAGGGAUUACUGGAGCGUCUAUACCUGGCGUUGGAGGCUACGCUCCAUCAGGCAAUAUACCUUCAACUGGCUUCGGAACUGGCAAUGCCGGCGGAAUCGGACCUAGCAGCGUUGGAGGUGGUAACGCUGGUGGAAACUAUGGUGGCAGUAACUUUGGAGGUGGCAACGCUGGCGGGAUCGGGUCUAGCAGUGUUGGAGGUAGUAACGCGGGUAGCAUCGGACCUAGCAGUGUUGGAGGUGGUAACGCUGGUGGAAACUACGGUGGCAGUAGCUUUGGAGGUGGCAAUGCUGGCGGCAUUGGGCCGAGUUCUUUUGGAGGUGGAAAUGCCGGUGGCAUAGGACCAAGCAGCUUUGGAGGUGGAAAUGCUGGCGGCGUUGGACCUAGCAGCAGUUUCGGAGGUGGAAAUUAUGCUCCCAGCAGUUUCGGGGUUGGGAAUUCCCCGACUAACUUCGGUAGUGGUAAUGCCCCCAGCAACUUCGGAGGCGGGCAGGGUGAUCAAGAUGAUGGAUCUGGCCAUGGAGAUCAUUCUGCAAUCCCUGGGGAGCCCGGAACUGACUAUCCUAUUUAUUCGCAAAUCCCCGUAACUUCAUUCAAAUGCUCUGACCAGCAAUACCCUGGCUACUACGCCGAUACGGAGGCAAGAUGUCAAGUUUUCCACAUUUGUCACAACAAUAUCAAGUACGACUUCUUAUGUCCAAAUGGAACUAUAUUCCACCAGCAAUGGUUCGUUUGCGUAUGGUGGAACCAAUUCGAAUGCAGCACUGCUCCUAGCCUGUACGGAUUGAACGCUAACAUUUAUGAUUACAGUAAAAAUGGACAACAAGGCUCGGGACAAACAGGCAAUUUCCCUAGUCAGUCCGGACCACAAGGACCUAAUGCAGUCUAUGGAGGUCAACAAGGACCUUCAGGUCCUGUGGCCAAUUUCCCUGCUCAGGUAGGACCUCAAGGGCCAAAUGCAGUUUACGGGGGUCAGCAGGGACCUACAGGUCCUGUUGCCAACUUCCCUGCUCAAGUAGGACCUCAAGGACCCACGGCAUCAUUCGGAGGCCAAUCAGGGCCUCAAGGGCCCUCUGCCACUUACGGAGGUCAAACAGGACCAACAGGUCCAGUUGCCAACUUCCCUGCUCAAACAGGGCCCCAAGGCCCUUCCGCCACUUACGGAGGCCAAACAGGGCCAACAGGUCCGGUCGCCAACUUCCCAUCAAUAACCGGUCCGCAAGGUCCAUCAACCUCGUUCGGUGGCCAGGCCGGUCCAACAGGCCCCGUCGCCAACUAUCCGUCUAUUACGGGUCCGCAAGGUCCCAGCGCCAACUUCCCGGUUCAGUCACCCGCCCCAACUUAUGGCCCUCCAUCAGGUGGCAAUUUCCCUGCUCAGAGCCCCGCACCCUCCUUCGGCACAGGAAACUUCCCUGUCCAAUCUCCCGCGCCUACUUACGGUCCACCCCAAACAGGCAACUUCCCAGCUCAAAGCCCCGCACCCACCUACGGCCCGCCUUCAGGAGGCAACUUCCCGAGCCAAACGCCGGCGCCAACUUACGGCCCACCAUCCGUUGGCAACUUCCCGGUCCAAACGCCCCAAUCUACUUACCGGCCACCGACAGGGAACUUCCCCUCUCAAACUCCCAGGCCCACCUAUGGACCCCCUUCGACGGGUAACUUCCCUGCGCAAACACCGCGCCCUACCUACGGAACUCCCUCGGUGGGUAGCUUCCCAGCUCAGACCCCCAGGCCGGUGUAUGGACCUCCUUCGACGGGCAACUUCCCCUCACAGACGCCUUCUCCCAGUUAUACUCCGGGAACGGGAGGUAAUUUCCCAUCGCAGACACCCGCACCGACUUACGGACCACCCUCUGUCGGUAACUUCCCCGCCUCCACUUACAGACCUGGUUCUCAAGGAGGGACCGGCAAUUUCCCAACCCCCGUACCCAGUCAAACGAUCAGUCCUCCACCGGAACAACCAAAUAGAGAGUAUUUGCCACCGUAUAGAAGAUAGGACUUGUUGAACGAUUUGCCAUUAGAAACAAGUGAUAUUGCUUUUUUGCCUUAACUUAUGUAGACUGGAAAAAUCAAAAACUGACCUGCCAAAUGUACAUAAUAUGAAAAUAAACUGCCACAAAUUUUACGGAUUUUUCCUUUAUUUCAAUAGGUAUUUAAUUUAUUCUCGCAUAAUUUAUUUUCAUUCAUGUCAUCGGCUGAGUUUCGUACUUGUUGCCCUGAUUUCUAUGUCUUGCGGCUUGUGGCAGUUAGGUAUUCUUGAAGCGUUGUGAAAAUUUGAAAUGGUACCAAUUUUCGUCGUUCCUCAGACAAAAAAGCGUAACUAAAUUUCAGCGUUGCAAAAUCGCCACAUGCAAUUUUUACUUUCUCGUGGAAACUGUUGUGUGCAUUACGAAGCAAAAAUUGCCAUUAUGUGUCUCCUAACCAUGAGGAAAAAACAGUAACAUUUUGAACGGGUAAAAAUAUGAACAGUUUGAAUCAAUUUUGCAACUUUGAAAUGAAGAUACGUUCUUUGGGCUGGGAGCGACGACGACGAACUAUGUAAUUUUACACACAAAAACGUAUCGUCUACCUCGUUUCAAAACGAAAAUUUGGUUCAUGAACCACGAAGUCUUUCAAGUAGGUAAAGCAGCUCCUUAUUUUGUAUUAAGUCUCUAGAAAUGUUUGUAAGUAAGUUCAAUACGUUGUCACAUCAUGGCUUUCCCUUCGCAUGACGUUGAAACCGAGUCAUUACCAAAGCUUCAAGGCUGAUGUUUGUAAAAUUUCGCCCUUCCUAAUAAUAAACAACAAAAUGCGUCAGUGCACUUCCUAGAGGGGAUCGAAGCAUAAAAUGUUUUAAUAUUUUACGCCUAUACAUUUUACUCCAUUGUCUACGAAUGUCUCGGAAAAAAGAAGGACAAAUACAAAUUUAUCAGUUUUCUAACUUGUUAAAACAUUAUCGUUCAAUCAUAGAUUUUGCACUUUUUACAAAUCGUCGCUUAAUUUGCCGAAAGAAAGUUUUUGCGAAAAACUUCACGAAUAUUUGCAUUAAAUUUCAGUUUUUUGAUUCCCAAGGAACGAUUUUCAACAAGAUCCUACUAGCGACGAUCACUUUGCACGGUUCAGAAAAUUGUGAUAUUAUUUCUUUUACAAUAUAUUUUUACUUCUUUUAAAUGUCUCGGAUGUUAUACUUUUAUUACUUUCUUUAAUUUUUUUUUUCAAGCACAAGUUUCAUUUACCGAAUUUUGAUUAAAUUGACAGUAAAAACAGUAAACUUCCUGCCCAAUUUGCUCAUGAAAUUGAAACGCAAUUUCAACUCUACCGCCUCCUCCUCCCUCCCCCACCCCCAUUUACAUAUCCGACAGGCAUAAACUUUGAUGGCAUUAGAUCUUGUUGUUCGGAACCUGAAGGUGCAUGGGAUAUUCUGGUUCAUUGAAACAUGCGUAACAUGGACAAUAGUUAAAACAUUGGGCGAAAUUAAUAGAAAUCAGGAUGAUGAGUUCAGAUUUGUAAGAACACGUGUGUAAAAUGGUAAUACUGAAUGAACUGAAAUAAAAUA